AUGGCUUCCAACGAUGACGACACUUUAGUAUACGUAAUCGAUAUACCAUCGAAUAUUCCCGAGAAGGAUGUCGAACAAAUGCUUCAGAAUCGUGCCGAGAGCAUUGGUCGAAUGAAAAUAAGCAAUGUGAAAUGCUACUCAAAACUUGGUAUAGCUGUGAUGCAAUUGAUGAAUAAAGACGACAAAAUAUAUCUUGUUGAUAGUGUUCAGUCAACGAUUCUCGAUCGACAACAUCGCAUAAAUGUAUCGUUCGUAAAUGAACUCCAACUUGACUCUUAUAUAGUAAUCGAUCGAAAUUUAUCGAAGAUACCUUCUUCGGAACAAAUUAUCUCUCGUUUUAAACAAGCAUUCAAAAUAUCAGCAAAUCCCGUGUGUGAGCCAAUUUCUGAUCAGUUUCCUAACAUUUUUCGUAUUACUUUAAAUUCACUCGAUGAACUAGCCAAAGUAGCUAAUUCACCACAGUUUCAGAUCGAAAAAUCCAUUGCCAACGUUUAUGUAUGUGUAGAUUGCAAUUUUUUUAGUGAUUUACCAUUGUUUACCAAUGAUACUAAACUUUUAUCUGCUGUCGUCGCUCAAAUUGGUGGUAAAGAACUUCCAACAACAUCAUUAUACGUACAGUGUAAUCAAAAUACUGGUAACGCCGUUGUUUUAGUAACAAAAUCUGCCACAACAUGGACAUCAGUAAACUUCUUGACAAUUGAUGGACAAAGUGUGCCAAAGAAAACAAAACUUCCCUAUCAAGUUCUUGUCUCUAAUGUACCUCGUGAUUUUAGUAUCGAUCAUAUUAUUAAGCAUAGCUUAUUUACCAAUCGAGUUCUUGCUCAGAAGCAUGUAAGCGAUCAGCUUAUCGUGGAACUCAAUAAUGAGGAGAGUUAUAAGAAUUGUUUAGACAGAGGAGUGGUGAACAUAGGUAAUACAGUGAUGGAAAUUAAGCCAUAUAGUAUUGUUAUUGAUCCAGAAACUAUGGAUAUUCGUGCUGAAAAUUGGUAUGAGACAGAUAUGCUCAAGAUCGAACCAGAUAUUAUGACACUAUUUCAUAAUUAUCAACAUCCAAUCUUUCAUUAUCAAUGGAAUGCUCAGAAUUGGAUCGAACAAUUUCAAAAACUAGAUUUAACAGAACAACGUUCGAAAGGUUAUGAUCUUCAUCGACAUUUGUUACGAGUGACAGUCAUGUUGAAUACAAUAGGCAUUCUAAGAAAACAACGUUAUAUGGUCAAUCAUGAAGAAGUUAUAUUAAAACGUAACCUUUUACACACCACCGUCUAUGAUCAUAAAUCAAAACUAUCAUAUGGCACGAAAACUUCAGUUACUAAUAUCAAAACACCAUAUGCAUCGACAUCUGUCAAAGUAGUUAACGAAGAUUGUCUUACUCUAUAUCAGAAAUUAGUUUCAGAAGGACGUCGACCUUUAUUAUUAAAUAUGGCCAAUCAAGCUAAUCCUGGAGGUGGUUAUCGAAAAGGUGAUGGAGCACAGGAAGAAAAUCUUUUUCGUCGAUCAAAUUAUUAUCAAAGUCUCGAUGUAGAAAUAGCCGAUAAGGAUCGAUCAGAACGAAUGCAUUGCAAUGAUAAAUGUGAACAGAAGCAAAUAUCAAAAAACGAUAGUUUAUAUCCGAUGGAUGAUUUUGGAGCGAUUUACACAAAGGGUAUUACAGUGUUUCGACAAACAGAAUCUAAUGGCUAUGCAUACAUGAAAACUCCACUGUACAAUGUUUGUGCUAUUGCCAUGGCUGCUUAUAAAGAUCCUAAAUUAAAAAAUAAUAGAAUAUUAGAAAAUAAAUUUGCUGUUCAAACAAGAAAAAAGAUUGAAAACAUCUUUGCAAUUGCACGUCAUCAUAAACAUGAUUGUCUCGUUUUAUCGGCUCUUGGUUGUGGUGCUUUUAAAAAUCCACCUGGUCAUAUUGCUGCUAUUUUUAAAUCUGUUAUUGUACAAUAUGCAGGAUUUUUUAAUACGAUUUAUUUUGCGAUUGUUGAUGAUCAUAAUACAGGCAAUAAAAUUAAUCCACAAGGAAAUUUCCUUCCAUUUCAAGAAUUACUCGAUGGUUUAAUGGUACCAUCACCCACAAUUUUACGUAUCAAUGCAGCUAUCGGACCAAAUCGCGUGCUUGAUAAAUCAUCUGAUGGUCAGUUAACACUAGGUGAUGUUUGCAUUUUAGAUCUACCACCAUGCCAGCAUAGUAGUAAGUGUCGUGAUUAUCGAAAGCCUGAACAUGCGGCUCAGUUUUCACAUCCACCCAUGUGUCCACUCUUAAAUGCAACUUCUUCUUGUGAACGGUUGGAUGAUGAUGUUCAUACAUUUAAUUUUAUACAUAAUAUUAAAUGCAAAUUCGGUGGUGAAUGUAACGAUAUUGAUCCAAUACAUCUGUUAGAUUCUGAUCAUCCAGAAUUUUGUGUACAAGGCGGUGGUUGUACAAAUAUUAGUCAAAAACAUUUAGUAGCUUAUCGCCAUCUGCCUAACUGUUCAGAUGGUUCUAAAUGCUCAAAAUAUCGAAAACGAAAUCACGAACAUUUAAAAUCUUUUCGUCAUUGCAAAUCUGUUUGUCCUUAUGAUAAUUGUUGUGCUAAUAUUCAUAAUAAAGCACAUUUUGAUACUACAAUACAUUCAUUUCGUCCGCCAUGUCCAUUAACACCAUACAACUGUUCAAAGUAUAUCGAAUUUGUUCAAUCGAAAAAUUCAAUAGUAUCGACCGAAAUAGAAGAGCAUUGUCUUGAAUAUUCACAUAUUUGUCCAUACGGUCGUGAUUGCAAAACUAAAGAAGAAAAUCAUUUGGAAAUAUCUAUUCAUAUUGCUCGUCGACUAUGUCCUGAUGGUAAUAAAUGUUCAAAACUUACUCAAGAGGAUCAUUUAGAAUCCUAUACUCAUCAUGAUAUUCGAGAUAUUCGUUUCUUAUGCAAAAUACCAGGUUUCAAAUGUCGGGACAGACUUAAUGAAAAUCAUUUCAAAAUAUAUCGACAUAACAAAAACCAUGAUCAUUUUAGUGUAGCUCCAUCUAGUAAUCUUAAUACAUCUAUCAAUUUCGCUCGUAAUCAAGGUCAACUAAUUAAAACGGUGAAUAACUACGUAGAAAGAAUGAACUGGGAAAAAACAUCGAUUUCUCCAGAAGUACGUAAUUGGAUACGAGCAUUACAACCUGUACAUCGAUGUCGAAAAGAUAUUUUUGAAUCAAUUCUUGUACUAGGACAUGUUAUGAGUCGUCGUUUUAUGGAUUUAUUAACAAAACCAGAACAUGUGGUCAGAGCUGUUCAACAACAUAGUCGAGUACGUCUAAUAUUCCUUCAUCAUAAUACGCCAAAUGUCAAAGACAAUGUAUGUAAACUGAUUGAAAUAUUGGUCGAAGCUGAAUUUAUAAAAGCAAAAUCAGAUGGAAAAACUUCAUUAGAUUCAGACUAUGGCUAUAAAAUUCAGCGGAUCGAGCAAAAACUACAGCCACCUCUUAAUCCAAGAGAUAUCCAGGUUAUUCAUGAAUGGUCAGUUAAAAUUGCUCAAGCAUCGAUUAAAUUAAAUGCUAAUCCCACUGGAAUCCAAUACGAUGUAGAUCAAAUUCUAGGAACAGAUCAACAUGUAUUUUCUAUACUCGGACCGCAUCUUGGUCAUUAUUAUGGUGAUAUUGUUAUCACUUUUAAGCAAGAAAUUAUGUUUCAUCCGGAUGCCAACUUUUCUAUUCAAGCUGGAACUAAAUUUCAUAGCAAAUACACUUAUUCACAUAGGCCAUGGACGAAAGAUCCAGGAACUGAUGGUAAACGAACAGAACAUUUUCAUAGCUCAAAACUGCAUUGCUCUAUUCAUGGUUAUGAAUAUGCAGCGGCUUCAGAAUUAGUCGCUCUAACAGGUGCAGAUCGCGAAUCAAUGAAUGUCAAUAUUGAAGCUAUUCUUAAGCGAUGGACAAGUGUGGAUUCUCAUGAGACAUUCGAAGCACAUUUGCCACAACUAAUUCCAUUAGAUUAUAUUGAUCGUGUUUACAUAUCAAAAAAUGUCUUUGAAUCCCUUUCACCUGAAGCUCAACAAUCAGCUAAAGGAGCUUUUAAAGAUUCGCUUAUGAUUAGCAUCUAUGAAAGUGAUGAGAUCAAAAAAGGCGCUGGAUUACAACAGAUUCUCGAGCUUCCAUAUCCGAAAUAUGUAUUUGAACAACUUUGUGAAGCUAUCAGAGAUCGAAUGAACAAGCCAAAUAUCUCGCAUGGUAUAGUCAUUACAGUUGCUGCUUCCGAAUUUGAAGAACAUGUCGUAUUACCAACUACUAUUUCUCAAGCGUAUUUUUUAUAUAAUCUUGGCAAGCCUCAAUCACAACGUGGCCUUGAGUUCACUUAUAUUUAUUGGCAAGCAAUGGAUGGGGAUAUGAUGUUAACAGUGGCCAAUGAAAAACUUAUUCCAGGCGAACAACAAUUCGAUCUUCGAUGUGUUGUUUGUUAUAUUGCAGAAAAACCAUCAACAGUGACUGAAGAAUACCGUGAAGCAUUUUCGUAUUUGAAUGAUGGUCUACCAUUUCAACAUGGUAAUAAUGUCACUACAAAUCGAUUUAAAGCUAAAUCAAAUGCAUUCUAUCGAGGUUGUAAUACUGAUGAUUACUUCACUUUUUGUCUAAAAAUCAGUCAUAUGACAGGUCAAGUAACACUUUCCCAUGCUGGACCAAAUAGUAUUUAUAAUCAUGAAAAGAUUGAAUGUCAAUUUAAUACAUCUAAAUUCGAUCUAUCGAAAUUAGAAUUUAUUCAUCUUAGUGCUGGAUCUCAAGAUGUUCCUGUACGAAAUCUAACAAUUAAUUUUGAAUCAAUACCCGAAUUACAUCCAUCAGUCGACAUGAAUUUCAAAAAAGAUACAUCUAAUCUGCUUGAAAAGUAUCUUGUUGCGCCUUCAUAUGUCGAUCUGAAUGCUCUCAAUAAUAAUGGAACAGGGCGACCGAUGCAAGUUAUUCGACCAUCACAAUUGAAUGGCCCGAGUGUGUUAGAUAGUGUAACAAACAUAUUUUUGUGUCGUCAUUCGAAUGCAAUUGAGCCAGCACCACUAUCGGAUAAUGCUCUUCCUACAUUGAAACCUUGUAAAGAUUCUAUAUAUUGUUUACAACAACACUCAUCAAAGCAUAAGAAACAAUAUUCUCAUCCUUGUGGUUACUCUGAAUUAUGUAUAAGAAAAGCCAAGGAACCGUAUCUUACACAUGAACGUCAUAAUGCACUUAAAUGUGCGCAAGAUAAAAAUUGUUUAGAAAAACAUGAUCCUAUUCAUCGUGCAACUUAUCGUCAUACAAAUCUACCUGAUUAUCUUAUUCCAUGUCGUAAACAAACUAAUUGUCCAGAUCAAUCACCAAAACAUCGUAUAAAAUAUUUUCAUGGUGAAGAUUUACCUUUAAUUAGACGUAAAUCAUAA